CCGGCAUCCGACACAUUUUCAAGUUUCAACAGGGAACAAAAUACUGAUCUAUAAAAUGAACAUAAGUCAGUGGAUGUGUUCGGCUGCAUCAGAUCAGACAUGUUUUGGAUACCAUUGCUGUUGGCGGUAACGUUUCAGACCGCACCUACCUAUGCUAAUUUUGGAUUAUCAACAUCGUUCAAAGGCGUCAAUUUGCUCAUUUCCAACGCAAAAAGUGUGAACGAUGCUUUGAACUCAAUGACACAGAAUAUUCGCAGCCUAAAUGUACCAGGACAAACGGACAAUCUACAAUCGGUGGCCGAUUUAAUUACCCAGCUUACACAAAACGUAACAACACUUGGCCAGUAUCUGACCGGAAAUGUGACCAAAGCAUCAGCGGAUGAAAACACUCCGAUCACGGAAUUGUUUUCAAUGUUGCACAUGUCACUGACCGAGAUGAGUGAAUUUCUCGCAUCGGACGCACAAAUGAUAACAACCAGAUUGAACAACACUCUUGGAAGUACCAGCAUCACUGAUAUCACACAAGCUUUACACUCGUUUCAUGACAUCGUGCUGAAUAUUACCAACAUAACGACAAAUAUUGAGAUAGAGAUCGGUAAAAGCUCUGAAGAUUCUAGUGAACCCAUUAUUUCGAAUCUCACAACGUCGCUCACCGAAGCGAUUGCGCAAAUGAGGAACCAAGCAGUAACACUCUCAAACGUAGUGGCUUCAAUCACCCGCAACGUUGAUUCGAUGAACUCUUACGUUACAUUAUUUUAUAGCAUAACAAAUUCCGCUGAGCAAAAACUAAAUUCAUCUCAGUACGUGAAAAGUCAAAUACCGGCUGAAAAAGAUAAUGCAAUAAAAAGAUACACCGCGUAUCUCGGUGCAAUCACAUCCGACAUCAGCGCUGGCGUUGAAAAGCUAGACGCAUUGGCACGAAACCGGGACCUACAACCAUUGAUCAAUCGCCAUUCCGAAGAGUACACCCGAAUCUUUUACGAUCUAUAUCGCAGAAACACAUCGGACAUGAUGAACAUCAGCAGCACUUACGACACCAUCGGAUCAAUCUCGGAGGAGCUGGCACUACAAUCCUACUCCAACUUCUCCAACCAAAUGCAGCGUAUCGUUCUCAACCUGACCGAUGUAUACCUAGCUCAGGAGACAAUCGUCGAGUCCUGCUACAAAAAAUACUCCAACGAACUGCUGAAUCCCGUCAAUAAUGUGCAAAGCGUGAUUGGUAGUUGUCUCUACAAGGAACGGGGUCGACUCGGUCGAAUCAGUGGGGCGACCGAGCAGAUACUGCAGCUGGUACAGCAAAAUAGUCAAGAUUUUGCUGCCAACAUCGCUAGCUGUGCAGCCCAAACCAACUAUGCCAACACCGGUGAUGUUUUCAACCAGACGAAAGCUUGUCUUGCUACGAAUCUGGACCAGAUGGCUGAGUUCCAGCAAACGAUAAACUCGGAACUGGACGAAAUGUUGAGGGUAUACGCGGUGGAGAUCGCUGCCAGCCGGUUCCGUCUGAGCAAUUGUCUGGCGAGCCGUUCGAACGAGGCACAGGCAGCAGCUCGAAAACUGGAAGCGCUGCUGGAUUCCUGUGUAGCUGAUGCCAUCAAUGAAUCCAAACCUGAGAGCGACAGAAUAUCGGACGGUUUAUUUGAACCUGAUCUGGAGGAAAGUGGAUACGAACUGGUUGAUAUGUUGAUAAGGUAGAAAUAAAUGAAUGUAUGGAUCUUUUUUUAUACUUGAAACUAUAUUACAAUGCAUAAAGUGAGAUGAACUUAUCAUGAUUUGAUCAUGAUUUUGAACUCGUUCUGAUUUCUGAUAUCGGCACUGGUUCAAGUCGAUACAAAUAUGUGAAUUUCAAUUCGAGACCAAUUCACAUUCACUAAAUUCAAAUGUAAUGCUUCACGUAUUACAACUCUUAAUACUUUUUUUAAACGGUACUGAAAAUUGCUCUAAAAAUUCGGACACAAAAAUUUUUGUAAACAUCACUGGUUUUUAUACAUUUAGUAAGACCUUCGUUUCAGACUUACUUCUGACCAUAGCCCAUUGCUCGAACUUUUUUCCGAGCCAAAUUCAAUUUUCGCUAGAAUUUCACUAGAAAUUCUACUCUUCUUAUUAAGUUUUUCCUUCAUUAUCGACCAGUAUUAUUCAGUCGGCCUUAGCACCGAGGUAUUGGCCAGAUUCCACUACUUGGAAUUUGUAGUUGUACCACUGUUUGGUCAAAUUUCAAUAGCUUGCCAGUUUGGGCUAGAGAAGACAAUCAAUCUCAUGCUUCUCUAGAAAAGGCAGCAAACUUUUCUGAAGACACUCCUUGGUUGCAGUCC